AGCACACGGCUUUGCAGGGAGACGAUCAACAUAUUUGUCCCAACUUCAUGGGGCAUCUGCUCCAGAAUUUGUGGCGCUGCAGCUACAUUCCGGGCAUUGUACCAAGUGUCGUCCUAUGUUUGCAAAUCCCUCAGAACAGGAGAACGUGGAGCUCCACUCUCUGCAGGUCAAAUUUGGAAGCGGCAUAAUUUCCACUGCAGGACCAUUGUCUGAUCAUGGAGGCGGGAGGUAUCAGCGAUGAUGAAAUAUCUCUUACAUCCACUGUUGAGAGUGAACAACAGUCUGAAUAUGAUGUCGAGACAAUCUUAGCAGAGGAAGAGUUCCCGGAUGGGAUGAGAUAUCUCGUUCGGUGGCUUGGUUACUCUCUUGAUAGAUGUACUUGGGAGCCUGCAGGAAGCUUUAACUUCGGCGAGACAUUACAAGAUUGGGAACUGAAAAAGCAGCUAAUUUCCGAGGGAAAGGAAUCCGCCUUUGAUGUAGCUACUUGGGAAGCGAGGUUAGUCCGACUCCAAGAGGAAAGCGAUGAGAGAAAGCGCAGAAGAUCAAUAAAACGGCGGAAACUCUCAGCAUCAGAGGCCAACUCAACUCCUGCCAAGCAUACCGCCCCAACUAUCCGAAGGACGAAUUCAGAUAAAGGCUUGGGCGGCUCGACAAAGCUCCAGCCGGGCCCAGCUCCCAGAUCACUCUUUCAAGAUGGGGUUCACCCAGCCAGACAAGGACUGUUGGGAUCAUCAGCUCAACGGUUGCCGCCUGUUCUUUUUGGACCCAGCCAGUCCACCCCGGAUUCAGCCCGGCCUAAGAAACCCAGUUGCACUGAUAAACCCAAACUGUUCAAAAACCUGUCGACAAAGUGGAGAUAUGAGAAGUUAGGAAGAACUGAGCCAGCACCAGACAAGAACCAGCUCGACCUCAGGCGGCCAACUGACUGGGCUCCUAUAUCGCCCACCGAUAUUACGCAACUUGGCCCCUCCCGCCUAGUAACAGAUAUUGCGGAUGAGAGUCGAAUUGAUCAUGCCUCUGAUGAUCCUUUGGACUCGCCUCGAUCAUCUCAUCGCUAUCAAAGAUCACCGGUUACUUCAUCCAUUCCAAACAACAAUGCGUGGAAUGUGACAAACCCUGAACCCAUCGAAACCCGCAGCGAGCCCAUAAAUAAUAUGGCAGCUCACCAUGAAUCCGCCAAGCCAACCAGCGAGUUCAACUUGGAGUUUCCCCCUAGGAGACCUAGCAGCACAUCUAAGUUCUUACACCCCAAGCGUUGGUGGAGCCGCGGGGAACUAUAUGUCACGAUCUACCUCGGCCCUGAAAAGCUGGAAAUUGGUGACGUUAGAUUAUGCGGCAUACCUUUCGAGGAGGCGAGGGGAAUUUUUAAGAUGAAGGUAGGAAAAGUAAUUGAGUUGUGGUUCAAGGAUCUAUGUACUCUGGAUGAAUAUAAUGCACUAUGCCACGGUAUGGUGAACCAAAAACUUGCGAAUGGAUGGGUCGAGGGAUUCGAUGACACCGAGCCGACGCUUCGCAGAGCAGCGAUGUCGCUUUGGCAAGCAAAUCAGGUUGCAAUAGCACAUAUAAACCGCGGCGCGUGGGACGAAAUACUGCUUGCGUACCCUCCAGGUUCUCCAGAUUUCAACUUCCUUGAUUCCGGUGCCUCUUGGUCCGAAAGAGGAUACCUUCACCUCACUCUUAGGGGCCCUCUCAGACCCAUGGAGAGCUUGGAUUCACGCGCGAAAAUUUACCCUCAUCUGAGAGAAAUUAAUAACACUUCGGCUGGUGGUAGCCUUGGGCCAAGUACGGUUCAUGUGCCAAGUGGUGUGCAGCUGUCGCGCAGCAUCGACGUCGCACAAGAAAAUACCAAACCUUCUACAAGUCUUCCCACACUGGACCCUCCUCCGGACACAGCAAUUUAUAUGCCAUCCUCCUUGAACUCGCCCACAACUCCGAUCGUAUCCAGUAAUUCGACUGUUCAGAAAGUCAUACCCUCCACCGAAUCCAUGAACCGCACCGCUCAUCCUACUCAGGCCCCCGCACCAGAUGGAUCGAACCUUGAUGCAACUCCGGAUUUGGAUGAACUCCUGUACUCCAACUUCGGCAUUAGCUUUAAGAAAUUGGCUACGAUCAGUAACACGGAUAAACCUCAACGAGCAGAGAUGUUCUUUGUCUGGUUUCCUGGUGAUUCGGAGCUCGUCAGAAAUGAGAAGGAGCUAAUCCUCGCAUUCUUAAGAAAACACACCUCUCUACUGUUCUCCAACAGCGUGGAUGUGGAUUGGGAAAGAUUUGUCGCCAUGGUCAAGAAGAAUACGAUGCAAGGGGUUAUUCUUUUCCAUGAGUCUUUCGUUCAGUACGAGACUAUCCCAUUCUUCAAAGAAAUCCUCCGCAAGUCAUCGACUUUCUGGAAUAUUUCCAUUUCUCAGCCACUUAAAUAUGCUGGUCACCAAGUGCACGCCCAGCGGCUAUUUCCGCAUGGGGGUGUCAUCCUAUUAACUGAAGACUUCAUGGUCCGCGAACCGGAUGCUGCAACGAUAAUUCUGGGUUGGUUCUGCGAGUAUACUCGAACGAAAAUUCCAGGAAAUUGGAAAAUAAUGGUACGUCCCGAUAUUUCGAACUGGCUGUCGAAGCAGGUCGAGAUCAGCGAUAAACCAAAGAAAUCUUGGUGGCUUGCCAUUUCUCAUUUACUCGGACGACUCGGAUUAUCCCCUGCUGACGGUCGUCUUCCAAGCAUCGAAGAUAACCAUAGCUCCGUCAUCUCCCCAUCUAUGCUGCCCAGAUAUGGCUCGCGAACUUCGGACGACUGUCCAACUAUUCCUAGCAAUUGCACCCAAGAACAGCGCGACACUGACCAUCUUGCGGAGUUCUUUGCUGGCUGGAGUAUAGUCAAUGCGCAUCGCUUCCGCCGUUUCUCCAUGAUCACAGCUCUGGAGCCCCUCAAAAGAUGGGCAGAUUGGCAACAUAUCGAAAUCAGAAGCUCCCAGGAGUUCUAUAAUCUUCACCAAAUCGACCCCAAAAGAAUACAAACCACACUCCUCCAAGAGACACCAAGUUCUUCUACAGCGGAGCCCUCACCUUAUACUCCACGGACCCCGAUGCCAUCCAGUACUCCGGCUUAUGAGCAGCGACCUAGUUCGUCUAAUACCCACCAACCUCUUUUCCAGCAUACGUACGGUCAGCCUUAUCAGUGAGGAAGUGGACGCACGGGUCUCUCUUCUGACUGUAGGUACAUUAUACUAUCAGCUAUGAACCACACUUCGUUUUUGCCCUCCUUCUACAUAGCCACCCCAGGCCCUACUUUGAGAGAUUCAUAGAAGAUACCACUGCAUUUAAUGGAUUAUGAAUAUUGAUCAUUCGGGA